GGGGCUUCGUCUGCCUUUCACAUGUCGCUGUUUCAUCAUCUUUCUGGGAAAAUAUCGUCUCAUGAAAAGCCAAGUGCGUGUUUUGGUGGGGGGAUUUGCCAUCCGAAACCGAUCGGCUCUGUCUGCGUGAAAUAGGGAAUGAACGACGAGACAGCAUCGGACAGCUGGAAGAGAAACUCCGGGUGCUCCAGUAUUGAGCAAAUGCUGGCUGUGAAUCCCGGAAAGACGCCCAUCAGUCUGCUGCAGGAGUAUGGAACGCGGAUAGGCAAAACCCCAGUGUAUGACCUGCUGAAGGCCGAGGGACAGGCCCACCAGCCCAACUUCACUUUCCGCGUCUCCGUUGGAGAGAUCAGCUGCACCGGCCAAGGGCCCAGCAAGAAGGCAGCCAAGCACAAAGCAGCCGAGGCUGCUCUGAAGAUGCUCAAAGGGGGUCUCGGAGGUCCUGCAGGAGUUGGUGUUGGAGUAGACGGGUUUAUUGGGGUUGAUGUGUCUACGGAUGGAGACAGCUCCCAGUCAGAGAUGAAGACCUCAGGCAGUUCUCAGCAGUCUGAAUGUAACCCUGUAGGGGCUCUGCAGGAACUGGUGGUGCAGAAAGGAUGGCGCUUGCCAGAGUACACGGUCACUCAGGAGUCUGGUCCAGCACAUCGCAAAGAGUUCACCAUGACCUGCAGAGUCGAGAGAUUUGUGGAAAUCGGAAGUGGUACGUCCAAGAAGCUAGCCAAGAGAAACGCAGCAGCUAAGAUGUUAUCACGUAUACAUGACGUCCCAGUAGACCUGAGGACCAGCAACGACGCUGACACAGAAGAGGACACAUUCACCAUGCACAUGGGGAGCAGGGCUGAGUCGGGCAAAAGUAAAGGCUUCAGCUGCACGUGGGACUCUUUGCGCAACUCUGCUGGAGAGAAGAUCCUCCAGCUCCGCAGCCACCCCCUGGGCAUGCCCUCCGACUCCAACUUCUGCUCCUUGCUGAGUGACCUGUCUGCCGAGCAGCGCUUUGACGUCAGUUAUCUGGAUCUAGAGGAGCGCAGUCUGAGCGGCCUGUGCCAGUGUUUAGUGGAGCUGUCCACACAGCCAAUCACAGUGUGCCAUGGCUUUGCUCCGAGUAUAGACGCCGCUCGAGCCAACGCAGCCCACAAUGCACUGCAGUACCUCAAAAUCAUGGCUGGAGGGAAGUGAUGUCAUCUUCCUCCUUGUAGACUGGAACUCACAACUACACAUUGCCAGGAUAAAUUUCCACUUUGGACAACGGAGGCACUUUUGUGAUGAGUUCAAAUACCAUGAAUUACCUCAAAUUUGGAAACAGAGACUUUUUCUGCCCCCAAAUUAACCCCAGAACCCUUUUCUGGUCUCUUUGAUUUCUAAUUGUCACCAAUGAACAUUUAGUUGCCCAAAAACCAGUACUUUUAGUUUUUGCUUGUCAUCCAUAUACCACGUUUUUCCCUCAAACCUAAAGCUGAAAAAUUCUUUAUCUGAAAUUUUAUAUGGGGCUUUUGCAGUGAGUUCCCAAAUAACUGAAGAAUUCUGGUGCAACAAAAAAGUGCAAAAGGUCAAAGAGGUUUGUAUAAAUUGGGCCCUUGAAUCGCCAAUCUCAUGGAUGGACGGGGGAAAAAAAGUAAUUACAGACGUGCUGCUGAAAUAAGGAGAAAAAGACUCUGCUGAAUAGAUGUCAGAGGAUAAUUAUUUUAAAGACUGCCCCUUUUACACACAAGCUUGUGUGAGUCUUGAAAAAUUUGUCUUUUUUUGCAUAUUAAUUUGAGCCCUUGAUACUCAAACUGUCUCUAUGAUGUUCUUAAUGUUUGGCCUUCAAAGAUUUGAAUUUCGGACAUUUUUCCUCUGUCAUUUUAAAACUCACUCAGUUAAAACUUACUGUUUGAUCUGUUUUGAACACGUUAGGUUAGAUUUUAAAUGAACCCUUUCUAAUCAUGUUGCUCUUCUGCAUUUACCAAAGUAGAAUUGUGAGAAAGAUCAGUAGAUUCAGGGGAUGGAAAAUGAUAUGAAUUGAUCCUCAUCAAGUUAUAUAAUUUUUCCCCUUUAUAGAAUUUGUUGCAAGAUACAGGUUGAUGGCUUUCAGAGCAUUUUAGGAACUCUCAACAUGAUCAUCAGAAGCUUUUACUUUUGUGAUAACCACGCCAGAAAAUACAUUUUUUUAAUUGUGAUGAUAGUUCCAUUAACAACAAUUAAGGUUCUGUUCAUUCCUGAAUGUGCAAACAACACAAAAUGUAAUUAUCAGAAUUUGCCAUUUUCUCUAUUCCUUAUUGUAUUUUGCAGUCUUUGCAUUAGGACCUUAGUAAAUCCAUAUCUGUGUACAACAAAGGCCUUAAAAAGUACCGUGAGUCAUCUGAAAAUGAAUUGCUCUUGUAACAAAUGAAUCAUUAAAGAAAACCUUACUUUUGAUCUUCAGUAUCAUAGACCAGACAAAUAAAACUACAGCAUAUUCUUAUAUGGAGUUUCAAAGAUAUUAACUAAAGAAUGUUUUAGUGUUUGUUAUGCACAGUAUUGUCUCAUUUAUUAAUUUAACCCCUUUUUUUCUGUCAAUGUGAUUAUGAUUCCAUUUGACGAUAAGUGAUUUUCCAGAGAAUAUUUUCAGACCACCUGUGUCUUGGUGUAAGGUUUCAUUACUACCUUUCUCACUGUAGUUGCAUAUCUGUCAAUAUACUGCUUUGCACUCUGCUGAAAUAAGUAUUGAAGAUAUAAAACAGUUUGCACUACUUGAAAAGAUAAUGUCCUUUGCACAAUUCAGGCUGACCAUGUUUCAUCAUCCCUGUCUGGUACCUAGUACAGUGUGUCUGAUGUAACACGGAUCUCUUUUUCUCUGAAUAGGCAGAUCUGCAUAUUGGUUUCCUGGUAAGUAAAGGAAAUAAACAGCUAGUUCUUAGCAAAUUUUAGGUGCUGACACCAUUGGUGUCAAUGCUGACAUUGUUAAAUUUGAGAUACUUUGUCAUUGUAGAAAAUUUUGCCCAGUUUUUUUUUUUUUUUUUUUUUUUUUACUGUG